UCGCGGCUCCCGCAGCCAUGGCGGCUCCCGGCGGGAUGGUGGCGGUGCUGCCGGGGCUCUACGUGGGCGGCGCGGACUCCUGCUCGUCCCCGGCGGCGCUGUCGGCGGCGGGGGUGGUGGCGGUGCUGACGGUGGACGCGGAGGAGCCCCCGGCCGUGCCGGGGCUGCGGGCCAUGCACGUCCGGGCGCGGGACGAGCCCGGCGCGGACCUGCUGAGCCGCCUGGACGAGUGCGCCGCGUUCCUGGGCGCGGCCCGGGCGGGCGGCGGCGCCGCGCUCGUCCGCUGCCACGCCGGGGUGAGCCGCAGCGUGGCCGUGGUCGCCGCCUACCUGAUGAAGACGCAGGGGCUGGGCUGGCAGGAGGCGCUCGCCGCCGUGAGGGCCGCCAAGCCGGACGCGCAGGUGAACCCGGGCUUCCAGGCGCAGCUGAAGCUCUACGAGGCCAUGGGCUGCGCCGUGGACACCAGCAGCGCGCUCUACAAGCGGUACCGGCUGGAGAUGCUCAGCCAGAGGCUCUCCGAACCUCAAGACUUGCCCCGAGAAGUCUUUGCAGUUGAUCCUACCACUACAUGUCAAACAUUGAACACAGAGGUUCUCUACAGAUGCAGGAAAUGCAGACGCGCUCUGUUCCGUAGCUCCAGCAUUUUGUCCCACACGGAAGGAGUGGGACCGACAGCCUUUGCCCACAAGAGGAUAACAGAGUCUGCACGGCUUUCUGGGAACGGCCAGGAAAAGUGCACCUCCUACUUCAUCGAGCCUGUGCAGUGGAUGGAGCCGGCAUUGCUCGGAGUAAUGGAAGGACAGCUUCUGUGUCCCAAAUGCUCGUCAAAGCUGGGCUCCUUCAGCUGGAGGGGAGAUCAGUGUUCCUGUGGCCGCUGGGUGACACCAGCCUUCCAGAUCCACAAAAGUCGAGUGGAUGAAGUGAGGACAUUGCCUGUUGGUAACUUCCAGACUGCCAAAACCUGAACUCAUCACUUCACUUCAUGGAUUUCUUAACAUCUGCUGAGAACUACUAGUCCAUCGUUGCCAGGAAAUGAGUUUAUGACUUCCAGCUUUGUGAGGUGGCAGAAUUACUUGAACACCUUCAGCUUGAUGUGUCUCUUAAUAUAUUCUAUGAAAUACCAGAACCUUUCUUCAAAGAGGUGUUACAGAGUGGUCAAAUCUAAAAACUGGGCCAAGUGUGA